AUGCCAUCAUCCUCAUCAGCCAUACCCUUCAAUAGAAGCAAAGAAUCCGGCGCUUACGAAUCAGGCUAUUUGGAUCAAACUCCCUGUCAAUACGGUUACCUCAACGGCCAAGAUCCAUCUUCGUCUCAAGAUCAACGUCAGAACGAGCUAGGUAACGUCAUCGACAACUGGUUGGCCCACUACGACCAGAUCGUGAGCCUCAAGAGCAAGGCCGUCCAGGACGAUGUCUUCCACGUCUUCUCCGGAAUGUGGAAGGCACCGGCAGAGCGGUGCUUUAUGUGGAUGGGCGGUUUCCGGCCGUCAGUGGUCAUCAAGAUAGCGCUGGAUGAGGUGGAGGGCUUGACGGAGCAGCAACGGGUGGCGCUUUGUGGAUUGCAGCGGUCGGCCGAAGAAGAUGAAGAGGCGAUUACUGAUGGGUUCGAGACGUUGGAUCGAUCUCUGACCAAAACCAUCGUCGGUGGCACUCUCACUAUGCCACCAAAUCUGAACGAUUACAUGACACAAAUGUCUAUUGCCACUAAACAAGUCUCUGCUCUCCAAGGCGUUGUCACACGGGGUGAUAUCUUGAGGCAGCAAACCCUUCGCCACCUACCUCUGCAUCUGACGAACCGCCAAGCCGCUCAGUGUUUUCUGGUCAUCGACGAGUACUUCAACCGUCUCCGCUCCCUCAGCACCCUCUGGCUCAACCGCACCCGCCACGACUAA